UGUAAGACUUACACUUUCAAUGUUAUUGUGUGACUGUAUUCUACAGACUGAAUGGCCACCACAUUUUAGACUGAUCGUGGGUUGCGUGUUCAAGCCCACGCUAACCAUUAUGAGAAUGAGAGAUGUAAAGAUGCAGGACAUGGGAGGAGGGGUAGAAAUAUGGGGAAAAGAGGAGGAGAGUUUGAUUGCAUGUGUGUGCGUGUGCGUGUGGAUGCAGGGGGCGUGCACAGACGCCAGGAGUGUGUGUGUGUGUGUGUGUGUGCAUGUGUGUGUGAGGCAGCCAGUGAGAGCGUGAGCCAUGUUGGAUGUGAGUGAAGGUGUGGAGAGAUGCUGCUGCCGCCGCGCCGGUCCUGACUCACACAGCCUGAGCAUCACACACCACAGCGGGUAGAUGCCAACUCUUCAGGCCGAGGAAGAGACGGGGGACCCUGGGGGAAGGUGUCGGGCGGUGCCGGCGGUCCUGGAAGUAGCCACCUAGCCGGAGUGGAGGAGUGAGAAGUAACGGGGGAAGAAGGCAAAACGAAGAAGAGAGGGGGAGAAAAAGGAGACCGAGAUAGGAAGAGACUAAAUGGCUACACUGCUACCGGGCUUUACCCAGCUCUCGCCUCUGGUACUUCACCUGCUUCUCCUGGGCUCUUUGUUCGCCCUCACCCCGCGGACGGUGGAUGCAGCCGGGGCUUCCGGCCUGUGGACCCAGGGCCCCCGCCUUAGGGAUGCCGGCAAAGCGAGCAAGCGGUGCGAGCAAGCAUGGGAGUCGCCGGAGGACAGCUGGGAUCUCCCCGCAAGCAGGUGGAGCGUGGAGUGGACGCAGCCUGAGGGAUGCACCGGAGCGCAUCGCUUAGGAAGAGGAGGAGGAGGGAUGCCGGGGGCACGGAAGGAGACGCUGGAAGGAGUCGGGACGUUCUGGAGGCGCGGGGACGCCCCGCCGAUCGUACCUCCACCUCCUCCUCUCCUCCCUGGUGGAGUCAGUGCGGGAUGGGGAGUGGAAAUGGAGAGGCCAGGGAAGAAGGGCGUUGUUCCGCCCUCCAGCUCCUCGCCGGUUCACAGCGGCAAAAAACGGACAGUACAAAGGACUACAACGUGCGCGCUGCCACGGCCACACCUAACUAAACGUGGCGCCGUUACAGCCUUUGUGAGAGCAUUUGGCCUGUGCAAGGCACCCGGAAGUGGAGGAAGGCACUGUGGAGGGGUGUGGAAGAAGACUGGUGAUGUGAGCAGGCACAGAUCCUCCUCUAUGAAUCACAAAUUAUCACUAGUACCGUCUUAUUGCAACCCUUAUCUUUGUGGAUACAAUUCAGCUUUUCAUCAUACAUAUGAAUCUCAUUCUAACAUUUCUCUUUGGGUCCAAGCAUCAAGAUGUCUGAGUUAUGAGAACAAAAAGGCUUCUGAUGAUGAUGAUGGUGGUGGUAGUGGUGGGAGCCCAGGCAACAUGGUAAGGGCUGGUAAUUGUUCUCAUUUGGGCAGGCACAAUGUUAUCAACCCAGGCAGCAUCCGUGAGGGGGGUGAGGGUGCAUGUAGUACCCAGAACGUUAGCGAGGAGAGGGAAGUGUGGUCAGAGGAGGAAGAAGGAGACACACUGGCAAUGUUUAUGUGCAGUGAAAAAGGUGAGAGGAGGAUUAAAAGAGGAGGGGUUAACCAAGGCAACAAACACAUGAACUUAUCUAAUUAUGCGGAUAGUGAUUUGGCUUAUCCAAUUCUGACGCUCCAGCAUAAGGUGCGUAAUGAAGGGAACUCUGCAGAUGGAACCAGGAGCAGGGGAGAGAGCCAGGAGACUCCUUGUGGUUGUUCUGAUUGUUUGGAGGGACAAGAAGCAAAGUGUGGAUUGUUAGCUGAGUUUAUAAGUCUCAAGGGAAAGAUAACUCAGAGUUAUCCCAAAUGGCAAUUUGCCACCAAAGCAUCAGGUCAGUGUUUUAUAUGUGACAAAAUGCAAAAUGUGUCACUCAUCCAAAUACAAACAAACAAUUAUGCAAAAAUUGAAACUCUUGAACAAGUCAGUUUGUCUCCAGCAAAGGUUAAAUCAGAGGCAGCUGACUCAGCAUCGUCUGUGCCUGGGAAGUUUACUGCUCACUUAAUCAGGCUAAGUCCUCCUUCUCAGCAUCCCUCUUUUUCUUUACAAGCCAACUUGACCACAUGGCCCAGUGAGUUUCCUCUUUGGCCCCUCUUUAUGGGGGAUGAGGGGGGUUCAGCACAAGGGACAGCUCUUACAGAUAGAGUUUUUUUGUUGGGAGGUUUCAACAGAAACAGUAACAACAACAACAAAGAAGAUGGGGGGAAAGAGAUGCAUGAUUUUGGUGAUGAAUCAGAGCUGAUAGAGUCCACUGAGCAAGUGUUGUUAGAAAGUGUCAGACCGUCAGGAAGGCGGAAUAUUUGGGGUGAGGAAGGAAGGGAGAGGGACAUUCAGCCAGAGAGGGACGGACUGGAGGGCUCUGCUGCUGAUGCUGCUGGGGGAGGAAAAUUACAGGUGGGGGAGGGUGAGUUAAUGGGAGGGAGAGGACCGCGGGGAGAAGCGAAGGAUGAGAAGCAGAGUCAGAGGGGGACAACAAAGCUAGGCCAAGCUGAGGAGAGAGAGGCAGAGGGAGGGAAGGGUCAGGAUAGGGUCAGUACUACCACCACCAUCACACAGCCAGAUAGUAAAAGAUGGAGGAGAGAGAGCCAGGCUGAUGAAAGCCAUGAGGGUGAGAGGGAGCCAGAGGGGGAGGCUGAGGGGAAGCGCAGUUCAAGGGGAGAGAGGAGCCUGGAAAGGCUGAUAAUAGAGCCAGGUGAUAAAACCUUGCAGGAAGAACGGGCGGAUAAGGUUUUGAUGGCAUGGCCUCGCUCUCGACGGGCAGCCAACAAACAUCCCCAUUUUUCCCUGUAUAACUACCAAGUACAAGUAGCUGAAAACCAGCCACCUGGGACCUCUGUUAUUGUCAUGUCUGCCACAGACCCGGAUGCAGGGGAUGGAGGCAGGCUCAGCUACAGCAUGGCCCCACUGAUGAAUAGCCGAUCCUCUGACUAUUUCCACAUCCACCCCGACACCGGCUUAAUCACCUCCACCCAGAUUCUAGAUCGAGAACAUAUGGAUCUGCAUUAUUUUCGUGUCACCGCGACUGAUCAUGGCUCCCCUCGCCUCUCUGGCACCACAAUGGUCGCCAUUACUGUUGCAGACCGCAAUGAUCACUCCCCUAUAUUUGAGCAGACAGAGUACAGAGAAACUAUCAGGGAGAAUGUAGAAGAAGGGUAUCCAAUACUUCAAUUGAGGGCGACAGAUUUAGACUCCCCGUCCAAUGCUAAUAUCCGCUACCGAUUUGUCGGCGAAACUGCUACAGUUGGGAGAGCUGCUUUUGAGAUUGACCCCAGAUCAGGCCUCAUAACUACCCGUGGAAUUGUUGAUCGAGAAACAAGCGAGCACUACACGCUCCAGGUGGAGGCUAGUGACCAGGGAAAGGAACCAGGACCGCGCUCGGCCACAGUUAAAGUCUUUAUAACCGUGCUGGAUGAAAAUGACAAUGUGCCACAGUUCAGUGAGAAGCGGUAUGUGGUGGCAGUGAAAGAGGAUGUGAGGCCUCACUCGGAGAUCCUCCGUGUGAGUGCCACAGACCAGGACAAGGACAGUAAUGCUGCGGUUCACUACAAUAUAAUCAGUGGGAACAGCCGUGGACAGUUUUCCAUAGACAGUUUUACUGGAGAGAUCCAAGUAGUGGCACCCCUGGAUUAUGAGGCCGAGAGGGAGUACACACUGCGCGUACGUGCGCAGGACAAUGGCCGACCCCCUCUUUCAAACAACACUGGCAUUGUUAGCGUGCAGGUGACGGAUGUCAAUGACAACCCACCCAUCUUUGUAUCCACACCUUUUCAAGCAUCUGUGCUUGAGAGUGCGCCCGUUGGAAGCUCCAUCCUCCACAUUCAGGCCAUCGAUACUGAUGCUGGUGACAAUGCACGCCUCGAAUACAGACUGACAGGCACCAGCUCAGACACACCGUUCCUGAUCAAUUCUGCAACAGGCUGGGUCACUGUCAGAUCCAUUCUUGACAGAGAAUCUGUAGAGCACUAUUUCUUUGGCGUAGAGGCCAGAGAUUAUGGAAUGCCACCUCUUUCUGCCACAGCAAGUGUCACAAUAACAGUGAUGGAUGUUAACGAUAACCGACCAGAAUUUUUACAAAAGGAAUACUAUGCUCGCCUGAAUGAGGAUGCUGUGGUUGGCACCAGUGUGGUAACUGUCACAGCUGUGGAUCGGGAUGUCAACAGUGCUGUGACCUAUCAGAUAACAGGUGGGAACACCAGGAACCGCUUUGCCAUCAGCACUGCAGGGAGCGCUGGGCUACUGUCUUUAGCCCUCCCGCUGGACUACAAACAAGAGCGGCGCUAUGUCUUAACCGUCACCGCCUCAGACCGCACACUUCAUGACACCUGUCAGGUGCACAUCAACAUCACUGAUGCCAACACACACCGGCCUGUGUUCCAGAGUGCACACUAUUCUGUUAGUGUGAAUGAGGACCGGCCAAUUGGGAGCCAAGUGGUUGUCAUCAGCGCAACAGAUGACGAUGUUGGUGAAAAUGCUCGCAUCACAUACUUCCUGGAGGACAAUAUCCCUCAGUUUCGCAUAGAUCCUGCAUCUGGGGCUAUUACGCUCCAAGCGGAGCUUGACUAUGAGGACCAGAUGACCUACACUUUGGCAAUAACAGCCAAAGAUAACGGCAUUCCACAGAAAUCAGAUACUACAUACGUGGAGGUGAAUGUCAAUGAUGUGAAUGACAACGCGCCUCAGUUCCUCAGCCCUAGAUAUCAGGGAACUGUGAGUGAAGACGCUCCUCCAUUCACAAGUGUCCUCCAAAUCUCAGCCACUGACCGAGAUGCACACGCCAAUGGCCGCGUUCAGUACACCUUCCAAAAUGGUGAGGAUGGGGAUGGAGACUUUACCAUUGAGCCAACAUCUGGAAUUGUCCGAACCGUUCGCCGUUUGGACCGUGAAAGUGUGCCAUUUUAUGAGCUCACAGCAUAUGCCGUUGACCGAGGCGUGCCUCCCCAGAAAACUCCUGUUCACAUCCAAGUGACAGUUCUUGAUGUGAAUGAUAACGCCCCUGUCUUCCCUGCAGAUGACUUUGAGGUUCUAGUCAGGGAAAACAGCGCCGUGGGCUCUGUGGUAGCCCAGAUCACAGCCACAGACCCGGACGAGGGUGCCAAUGCCCAAAUCAUGUAUCAGAUUGUUGAAGGAAACAUCCCUGAGAUCUUCCAGAUGGACAUCUUCUCUGGGGAGCUGACCUCCCUCAUUGAUCUUGACUAUGAGGCUCGCAAUGAGUACGUCAUUGUAGUCCAGGCCACCUCAGCCCCUCUGGUCAGCCGAGCUACUGUGCGAAUCAAACUGGUGGACCAGAACGACAACAAACCCACUCUGCAGGACUUCCAAAUUAUUUUUAACAACUUUGUAUCCAACCGUUCGAACAGUUUCCCCAGUGGGAUAAUUGGGAGAGUCCCGGCCCAUGACCCUGAUGUGUCGGACCGGCUGUACUACACCAUUGACAGAGGGAACGAGCUUCACCUGCUGCUGCUCAACCACACCAGCGGAGAGAUGCGACUGAGCCGUAAACUGGAUAAUAACAGGCCGCUGGUGGCUCCCAUGCUGAUCACUGUCACAGAUGGCGUGCACAGCAUUUCUGCUCACUGUGUCCUACGUGUCCUCAUCAUCACCGAGGACAUGCUGGGCAGCAGCGUCACUGUCCGACUCCAGAACAUGUCCCAGGAGCACUUUUUGUCACCGCAGCUGGGUCACUUCUUGGAGGGAGUGUCGGCCGUGCUCUCGGUGCCUGUUGAGGAUGUCUUCGUCUUCAACAUCCAGCCGGACAUGGAUGCCGCCCCGGGAGGGAUCCUGAAUGUCAGCUUCUCUGCCGCACUGCCGGGAGGACGCUUCUUUCCUUCUGAGGCCCUGGAGGAACAACUGUACCUAAACAGGCCACGCCUGACGUCACUCACACAGAUGGAGGUCCUCCCAUUUGACGACAAUGUGUGUCUACGCGAACCGUGCCAGAACUACAUGAAGUGUAUCUCUGUGUUGCGCUUCAAUAGCUCCGCCCCCUUUAUCUCCUCGCCCUCCAUCCUGUUUCGGCCCAUCCACCCGAUCGCUGGCCUUCGCUGCCGCUGUCCGGUGGGCUUCACUGGUGACUACUGCGAGACGGAGAUCAACCUUUGCUACUCCAACCCCUGCCUCAACGCAGGGGUUUGUGCCCGAAAAGAGGGAGGGUACACGUGCAUUUGCCGCGAGGACUACACCGGUGACCGCUGUGAGAUUGAUCGGCGUCAUGGCGGCUGCAUGCCGGGCGUGUGUCGUAAUGGAGGAACAUGUCGGGAGCUUUCAGGCGGCGGCUUCCGCUGUGAGUGCCCUGCCGGCGGGUUCGAGCGGCCGUAUUGCACUGUCACUGCCCGCUCCUUCCCGCCUAAGACCUUCGCCAUGUUCCGUGGCCUCAGACAGAGAUUUCACCUCUCCAUCUCUUUAACUUUUGCAACCCUUGAGAGCAACGGCCUUCUUUUCUACAAUGGGCGCUUCAACGAGAAACACGACUUCAUCGCUUUGGAGAUCCAAGAGGGACAAGUGGUGCUGAAAUAUUCUACAGGUGAAUCGUCCACUCAGGUGAGUCCCUUCCUGCCAGGAGGUGUGAGCGAUGGGGAAUGGCACACGGUUCACAUCCACUACUACAACAAGCCUAAGCGCAGCAUGAGUGGCGAGGCCCAGGGUCCAUCAGAUGAGAAGAUUGCUGUGGUAAGCGUUGACGACUGCGAUACAGCCUUGUCACUCCGCUUUGGCACGCAGCUUGGAAAUUACAGCUGUGCAGCUCAGGGCAAACAGACAAGCAGCAAGAAGUCUCUAGACCUAACAGGUCCAUUGUUCCUGGGUGGAGUCCCCAAUGUUCCUGACAACUUCCCGUUUGGCACCAGGGAGUUUAUCGGCUGUAUGAAGGAGCUGCACAUUGACAACAAGCCGCUGGACCUGGCUGGGUAUAUUGCUAACAACGGAACCCUCCCAGGCUGCACUGCUAAACUUCCCUACUGCAAGUCCAACCCUUGUCAGAAUGGAGGAUCCUGCCGGGUCAGCUGGGAGACGUUCUCUUGUGAUUGCCCACUUGGGUAUGGAGGGAAGGACUGCAGCCAUGUGAUGCCCCACCCCCAUCGCUUCCUGGGAAACAGCGCCCUCUGGUGGGACCUGAAGAACGACGUAACAAUCUCCACCCCCUGGUACCUGGGCUUGAUGUUCCGAACCAGAGCCAGAGAGGGGACACUACUCCAGGCCCAGGCCGGCCAGUACACCAGCCUGCUCUUCCAGCUAACAAAUGGCCAGCUGGUUUUCUCCGUGACUCGGGGUUCAACCAGACCAGUGAGGCUUAGGCUGGAUCAGGUUCAAGUGGCGGACGGGCGGUGGCAUGACCUCCAGCUUGAGUUGCGUGAUGUUCACAGCGGGCGUGAGACGCGUUACGUCGCCACACUUCGCCUUGACUUUGGACUCUAUCAGGGAACAGCAAUAGUGGGAAAUGAGAUUCAUGGUUUGAAGGUGAAACAUCUGCAUGUGGGAGGAGUGUUAGGCUCUGGAGAGGUCCAGAACGGGAUAAGGGGAUGCAUACAGGGCGUUCGUUUGGGCGUAAGACCGGACUCUCCCCUGCUGCCUCGGCCCUCCAGAGCGGUCAAAGUGGAGAUUGGCUGCAAUGUCGGCAACCCCUGCGUCUCAUCUCCUUGCCCCGCCCACAGCCGAUGUUCUGACCACUGGGAGCGACACACCUGCAUAUGUGAAGCCGGUUACUUUGGCAAAGGCUGCACUGAUGCUUGCCAUCUCAACCCAUGUGACAAUGAGGCUCAGUGCCACAUGAAGCCCACAUCGUCGCAUGGAUACACCUGUGACUGUGGAGACAACCACUAUGGACAGUACUGCCAGGACAGGAUAGACCACCAGUGUCCAAGGGGCUGGUGGGGGUCUCCCACCUGUGGACCUUGUCACUGUGACCCCAAUAAAGGCUUCGACCCCGACUGUAACAAGACCAGUGGGCACUGUCAGUGCAAGGAGUUUCACUAUCGUCCACGGGGCUCAGACAGCUGCCUGCCAUGUGAUUGCUACCCGGUCGGCUCCUUCUCACGGACAUGUGACCCUGAGACCGGCCAGUGCCAGUGCAGGCCCGGUGUGAUCGGUCGCCAGUGCAACACAUGUGACAACCCCUUUGCUGAGGUCACAAACUCGGGGUGUGAAGUCAUUUAUGACGGCUGCCCAAAAACCAUUACUCAGGGCAUCUGGUGGCCGCGGACCAAGUUCAACUUGCCUGCAGCAGUUCCCUGCCCCAAAGGCUCUGUAGGUGCUGCCAUCAGACACUGUGAUGUUGAGAGAGGCUGGAUGGAGCCAGACCUUUACAAUUGCACCUCACCUCCAUUUGUGGAGCUCAAUGCUGCCCUGGAUUCUCUUGAACGCAAUGAAACAGAGCUGAACACAAUAAUGGAAAAGAAGCUGGCACACCAGCUCCGUGAUGUCACUGAAGCGACCGGCCGCCUCUAUGGUAACGAUUUGCUGAUUGCAGAGCGACUGCUGUCGCGCCUCUUGACCUUCGAGACCCAACAAAGUGGUUUUGGACUCACCGCCACUCAGGAUGCACACUUUAAUGAGAACAUCCUGCGGGGCUGCAGCGUACUUUUGAGUCCCGGAACGGAGGGGCUUUGGCGCGCCCUCGCCCAGGGUCAGAACCACAUUCCUGGCGGUCCUUCCGAGUUGACAGAAUUGCUGGGCCAGUAUACGCAGAAUCUGGCCCAGAACAUGAAGCUCACCUACCUCAACCCUGUGGCACUGGUAGCUCCUAAUAUUGUCAUGAAUCUGGAUCGAGUGGAAAACCACACCGACGUGCGGCGACGUUUUCCACGUUACCACACCACGCUGUUUCGCAGUCAAACCGUCUGGGAUCCCUACACCCACGUGGUACUGCCCCCUGCUGCCUUGGGGCCACAACGACAACAGCAACAACAUAUCUGGAAAGAGAAGGAGCGGAAAGAAAAAGAACUUGAAAAAGAAUACAUCCCUCCUGUUCAACCCCCAGUCAGCAUGUCAGCCAAUCAGACGAGUGAAUACACAGCAGCCAGACGCACCCGUGCAGCACCUGAACCGCCCAUCACUAUAGUCAUUUUACUGAUCUACAGAAGUCUGGGCGGAGCACUACCUCCCAAGUAUCACACAGACCGACGAGGAGUGAGGCUUCCCAGACACCCAGUAAUGAACUCCCCAGUGGUCACCAUCUCUGUCUACAACAACCAGACGUUCGUGGGUGGACAUUUGGACCAGCCCAUCCUACUGGAGUUCAAACUAUUGGAGACGGCCAAUCGCAGCAAGCCGUUGUGUGUCCAAUGGAACCACAGCAGUCAGUGUGAGAUAGGAGGUUGUUGGACAGUAAGGGACUGUAUGGUGGUGUAUAGGAACACUUCACAUGUCCGCUGUCAGUGUCAAAGGUUGGGCACCUUCGGGGUGUUGAUGGACAGUUCUCACAGAGAGCAGUUAGAAGGCGAUUUGGAGACACUUGCCCUGGUUACCUAUUCCUCUCUGGUGCUCUCCAUGCUGGCUCUACUCCUCACUGUCCUGGUGCUGUCAUGCCUCCGAGGUCUAAAGUCCAACACCCGGAGUAUCCAUUCCAACACGGCGGCAGCCAUGUUUUUGUCUGAGCUUGUGUUUCUGCUGGGGGUCAAUCAAACUGAGCAACAGUUCCUGUGCACGGUGGUAGCCAUCUUGCUGCAUUACUUCUUUAUGUCCACAUUUGCUUGGAUGUUUGUGGAGGGCCUUCACAUCUACAGGAUGCAGACGGAGCAACGUAACAUCAAUUUUGGAGCCAUGAGGUUCUACUAUGCCAUCGGCUGGGGCGUGCCUGCAAUUAUUACUGGUCUUGCUGUGGGCCUGGACCCUGAAGGUUAUGGCAACCCAGACUUCUGUUGGAUCUCAAUCUAUGACAAGCUGAUUUGGAGCUUUGCUGGACCCAUUGGCAUCGUCAUACUGAUCAAUGGAGGCAUUUUCAUGAUUGUAGCCAAGAUGACUUGUAACCCCUCUCAGAAAGAGACCAAGAAACUCCCUGUCAUUGCGACCAUUCGUAACGCCUUCCUGCUACUGAUGAUGGCCACUUCCACCUGGCUGUGUGGCUUGAUGGCUGUGAACAACAGCAUCCUGGCUUUCUACUAUAUAUUUGAUGUCCUCUGUUUAGUGCAGGGCCUGUCUGUAUCACUGGUCUUCACGGUGUUCAACUCUGAGGUGAAGGAGGCCUGGAGAGUGGCCUGUUUGGGGAAGAAGAGUCUUGAAGAGCCACCAAGACCAGCACAGAAUACAGCACAGAAUCCAUAUCACAAUGCUUCAUUGUUGGAGCAGAGUGGGCUGCACCGCAUCACUCUUGGCGCCUCCACCGUCUCCUCGGUCAGCUCGGCCAGAGAAAAUCUCUUAGCUCGUCAAACUCUGGAACAAAGCAUUGUUCAAACUGGAGCGACGGAUCUGGAUGUGGCCAUGUUUCACAGAGAUGGAGGUGAAGAUUCCGACUCAGACUCCGACCUUUCCAUGGACGAGGAGCGCAGUCUCUCCAUCCCGUCAUCUGAGAGUGAGGACAACGUCCGUCUACGCGGGCGCAUCCAGCGGCGUUUCAAACGCUCCAAUCACGGCGAGCGCCUGCUCACUGAGCCCACCCACAACGGUACCAAAGAUCUGGAUGGCAACGACCUUCUGUCUUACUGGCCUGCCUUAGAGGAGUGUGAGAAACAUACACUCCAAAAGUGGGGUUCGGAGCGCCCUCUGGGGGCCGACUACAGCAAGGACGCGGCCAACAACAACCAGGCAGACGGAGCACUUACUAGCGGGGACGAGAGCGGCCUCACGCAGCCACACAGGCACCGCAAGGGUAUCCUCAAGAAUCGUCUCGGCUGCCCGCCAGCCCUCCAGGGCAUUUCAACAGUGGGCCGGGGUCCCAGUGAGCUCAACUGGUACCGCACCUCGACCCUGGGCCACCGAGGUGUCCCUGCAGCCUCCUAUGGCCGCAUGUACUCUGCCUCAGCUGGUGGUGGAGGGGGCACAGGCUCCCUCUCGCAGCCAGGUUCCCGCUACUCCUCCAGGGAACAUCUGGACUCACUGGCUCGGAGGCAGCUGUCCCGGGAUCCUCUCGGAAGGCAAACAGUCGGGGGAUCCAGGGACCGGCUGGACUCACGGGGCUCCAGAGACAACCUGGACCUCUUACCCAGGAGGAGGGAGCUUGGCCAGGGUGUGGGGCUCACAGGCCUGGGCCUGGAUCACCAGAGAAUGUCGUCAUCUAGGGAGAAUUUGACCACCUCCAGGGACAGACUGGACAACCAUCACUCAAGCACUAUCCACGCCUCAAGAGAAGACUUGAGGGGGAAUGGCAUGGAGGGAACCCUGAGUGGCUCCAGAUCGCAGCUGAACACACUCACUCGCCGGCAAGCUUCAUCCAGGGAGCACCUGGCAGGGGCGCUGAUGAGCAGUAGGUCCAGAGAACAGCUGGAGGCCAAUGGAGUGGGAUCGCAGGUCCAACCGUGUCGGGAAUGGCUGCGCUCCCUGCCGCCUCGCCAGCCCUCACACCCGGACCAACCUCCACCUUCCUCUCCACCGCCGCCCAUCUCAGAGGAACCCCAGCAAGAGGCCUUCCCUCCUCCAGGUCACAUUAGAGGACGACUGGACUCUGCAUGUAGGUACCCUGGGCAGACCCCGCCUGUCACAGGUUUGAACCCUUUGGGGCGACAGCCGUCCAGUGAACACCUGGACAUACUCUCCUCCAUCCUUGCAUCCUUCAACCCUUCUGUCCUCACUCCUCCAAAUGCUGCCUCAAACUCUGGGCCUAAUGCCUCUGCCCAGGGCCCCUCCCCCUCUGCCACCUCCCACAGCAUAUCUGAAGUCUGUCCUGACUCUGAAGCCAACAGAGGUGAAGGACAGUCUUGAUGACGGCCUCUGUAUCCCUACAAGCUUUUGUGAGGACAAAGUCAAAGGCCUUGGAGUAUCCCGAGGUUCAUUGGAGGACUCAAACACAGUUUUGGACACAGGUGACACAUAGACAUGUCUUUAAAACUGUUUACACACAAACCCAGACAGAAUCAAUGUAAAAGGAAAGAGGACUGUACAUACUUAACACAAAAAAACACUUUUAUACAUUUUGUAUCUUUUUAAUUGGAGACAAAGACGUCUCUUAUGAUGUUUUACUUUUUUGUAACGUCCGUGUGAGUGAGGCUGGUGUGAAUGAGCUCUAUCUAUUUCCGAAAAAAAACAACAAAAAAACAUUUUCAUCAAAUGUGGCAAAGUGUUCAAUAUCUGAUGGAGGGAAAACAUCAAAGAGGUGAUGUAAAUAGGGGUCGGGGUGUACCAUAAGUGAAGAGAGUUGAAGGAAAUGAUUGUAUUGAGGAUGUCACACCAGGGUGCAGGGUUUUAACCAUUAAAGCUCCAUCACAAGUUGUCAUGUUUUUGCUGUUCAAUGAAUGUGACCUUGUCGUCUAUGUACCUCUUGUGCCUGGACCUUGUCCGUGGAUCCGCUGCACCAUAUCCUCAGUGGGUGAAGGUUUGAUACUGGCCUCCCUCCCUCCCUUCAAUGCCACAACCAUUGAAGACUGUUUUUACAUAACAACCUGCCUCAAGACAUCACAGGAAUAACUUCCUCCUGUCUGUGCACAUCCAAGCCAAAGGGAAAACUGCUGAAAUGUAGAGGCAUUUCUAUUCCAGAAAGUAUGGCUUUGUACCACUUUGGAGGUUCUACGGUAUGUGAACGCCUUGUCACUUUCACUUUGACCCUGAAUCGAUUUCAAUCCAUUGAAUUAUUCACUCACACUUUUAUUAUCUGCCAUGUAUGUAAUUUUUUGGUGUGGGUAUCCUCUCCAUAUAAACAUAUCGUCAUUAAUAGUGGAUGUAAAUAUUGUUUAAAAUGGACGUCAUCUCCUACCACUUGACUUAACCAGCAUCAAUUUAGUUUGAAUACACUAAGCAUUUACAACAAGAAAGGAGGCACUGAGGUUGACUCUUUGUAUUAAAAGGGAUGUGCUCUGAGAAAAAGAAGAAGGGAGUAGGGAAGGGACAGGAAGUACACAAGGAGGAGGAGGGUUGGAAAAACGAUUAUGAAUGGGAUUGUCUCUGAUUGCCUUUGUGCUCAUUAUGGAAUGCCUUUUUGGCAUGACAAAAUUCCAUUCCUGUUACCACGGAUACAAGUGAAAUGUUGGACAUUAAAAAGAAAACAAAACAAAGUAUUACUACAAGGGUGUUUUUUUUGUGCAUAGAUAUGUAUACGUGCGUGUGUGCAUGUGUGUGUGUGCGUGUGUGUGUGUGUGUGUGUGUGAUCAAACGUAAGAAUCUUAAAUUAUUAAAGCUACGGUAGCUGAAGAGUGGAGUUUUUCAAGUGGCUACACUGUGGAUACUGAAGAUGUACAUAUUGCAUGCAUGCCAAAUGAUGUGGAAAAAUAUUGUUUCAUGGCAAGUAUGAAACUCGAGUCAACACAUCACUAUCUUUAAAAUGUGACACAUAAAAGGCUUAAUCUAAAACGUAACUUUCUAUUUAAAUUCCAAUAUGUGCAUGAAACAAAAAGUUAAAAAGGGAUAGAUUUUUUGUUGUAUGACAUCCCCAUCAGCAUUGUACUACAGCAACAGGACU